GAUUCAACAACGCUGGAGUGGAGGAGCUCCUCACUUCUAAGUUCCCGUCAAGAGGUGUGCUCCAUGAACGCGAUAGCCGCGUUUGAAGUUCCGUCCGUACGAUUUGUACGGCCGCGGUCGUGCCACGUGGUGUGGUCCACCUCGCCGUCCAGGGGACACGUGUCGGCACGGCACCGGCCAAGAGGCGGGCUAAAAUUGCCCCUGGGAUUCGCGGGAGGAGGGAAAGAAGGCCGCGCGGAUCGAGCUCGCAUUGCGCUUGUGGAGGUGAUCGCUGGCGGGCUUUGGCGCGCGCGUCGUGGAUUCCGAUCGAAUCGAGGCGCAAUGGGGAUCUGGGAAGCGUUCUUGAGCUGGUUGAAAAGCCUCUUCUUCAAGCAAGAGAUGGAAUUAUCAGUAAUAGGACUACAAAAGGCUGGCAAGACGUCCCUUGUCAACUCCAUCGCUACUGGAAGCUUUAGCGAGGACAUGAUUCCUACAGUUGGUUUCAACAUGAGAAAGGUUUCUAAAGGCAAUGUGACGAUCAAGCUAUGGGACCUUGGAGGCCAAGCGCGGUUUAGAAGUAUGUGGGAGCGAUAUUGCCGUGGCGUCUCAGCCAUUGUAUACGUGGUGGAUGCUGCUGACCCGGAAAACAUUCCAAUAGCCAAGAGCGAGCUACACGAUAUACUGAGCAAGCCAUCUCUAAACGGGAUUCCUCUCCUCGUUCUCGGCAACAAGGUUGACAAGCCCGAGUGUCUAUCCAAGCAAGCAUUCGCCGAAGAGAUGGAUCUUCACAGAAUCCAACACCGAGAAGUCGCUUACUACAUGACCUCUUGCAAGAACACCACAAACAUUGAUGCAGUAAUCGAUUGGCUCAUCAAGCAUUCCAAGAAGAAGCACUAAACGAGAAAGAAAAAACCAAGUGUAGAUACGAGAGAUUCUGGUAUUCUUUUCUGGUGUAAAGCGUUUUUUUUUUCCUUUUCUCCUGUGUUUCUUCGUGUUUUGUAUAAAUGGUAUUAUAGUAGAUUGGAA